AUGUUUUCACCUUGCCUGGUGCAAUACGGUCACCCUCCAUGCACAUAGAAUUUGGAUUACUGGGGUUGUUAUGAGUUAUGAGCUCAGGUAGCGUCAUCAUGUGCGAGAGAAACAAGGGAGGAUUGAUAAUGUGGGAGGGCAAAGGGGAAGGUGGUUAGCAUUGUGGAACGGAAAUGGAGGGUGAUUAAUAAUGAUAUGGAAGGAUUGAUUGGUAGUGGCACGGUAUGUGGGAUAGCCAUACUGGAUUGCUGAAUUGGUGCAAGCCUAAAACAUGCAGUGGAGAUCCAAGCAUGAGGAUGUUUAUAAUACAUCUGUCCUUCCUUUGCCAUAUAGCGAAGCUCAAGUGAUCAGACUCUUAUAGCAAUUUAUCUCUCCAUGUGGCAAGUGAUGACUAUGUGUUCCAAUAAUAAGGAUCUACUCCCCCCGUUCCAAAAUGUAGGCCGUUUUGGCUUUUCUAGGUUCAUAGUGUUCGCUAUGUAUCUAGAUAUAAUGGAUGUCUAGGUAUUCCUAGGAAUUCCCUACAUUUUGAAAUGGAGGCAGUAGAACGACAGAUCCUGAAUCAAUUCCCUAAACAAUUGCUAACCCAGUGACCCUUCGCGAUGCAAGAUGAUCUCUCUAAACAAGAUAUUUCCAUCAUUUGGACUCUAGGAUUUAAAGAAUAAAGCAUGUUUAUGCUUUCAACCUUCUCUCGGAAUAUAUUAAUCAUCUUGGAAUAAAGGAGGAAACCUCUUGAAGCUAAAUCUGAGCCUUCAAGUUCACAACUAUAAAGUGCAUGAAUGUGGCUUAAAUAUAAUACUUGCGGUGUAAGCCUGCGCGCCAGCAAGGCCGGAUCCCGCGGCUUGUUUGCAACCUCCUCCAUGGCUCCAGCUGGUGACCGGAGCGCCGCUGCCCCGAACCCCACAAACUAAGUUGUUGCUUGCGUUCCAUCACCCAACCACCUCCCCUCCCUUCCCUGCUCUUUAUAUAUCCCGGCGCCGGCGCCAGCUACCCAUGUCACACGACGCGGCUGCGCGCCACCCCGUCGCAACCCCGCAAGACGCAGGAGGAGAGGAAGGAGGAGACCACCCCUCCGGCGGCCGGGCCAGCUUCGAGUUGUUCGGCGGCGACUGCCGGUUCUGCGAGAUGACGCGGCAGCACCACCCGCAGUGCGCGCGCCGGCUGCCCAAGCGGAUCAUCCUGGUCCGGCACGGCGAGAGCCAGGGGAACCUCGACAUGUCGGCGUACACCACCACCCCCGACUACCGCAUCCCGCUCACGGCGCUGGGCGCCGAGCAGGCGCGCGCCGCCGGCCGCGGCAUCCGCGACGUCGUGGCGUCGGGCGGCGGCAACUGGAAGGUCUACUUCUACGUGUCCCCCUACGCGCGCACCCGCGCCACGCUGCGGGAGAUCGGCUGCGCAUUCCCGCGGGACCGCAUCAUCGGCGCCCGCGAGGAGUGCCGCGUCCGGGAGCAGGACUUCGGCAACUUCCAGGUCGAGGAGCGGAUGCGCGCCGUCAAGGAGACCCGCCAGCGCUUCGGCCGCUUCUUCUUCCGGUUCCCCGAGGGCGAGUCCGCCGCCGACGUCUUCGACCGCGUCGCCAGCUUCCUGGAGUCGCUGUGGCGGGACAUCGACAUGGGGCGGCUGGAUCAGGACCCGAGCUGCGAGACCAACCUGGUGAUCGUGUCGCACGGGCUCACCUCGCGGGUGUUCCUCAUGAAGUGGUUCAAGUGGACGGUGGACCAGUUCGAGCGCCUCAACAACUUCGAAAACUGCGAGUUCAGGGUGAUGCAGCUGGGGCCCGGCGGCGAGUACUCCCUCCUCGUCCACCACACCAAGGAGGAGCUCGAGCAGUGGGGCAUGUCGCGGGAGAUGAUCGCCGACCAGCAGUGGCGCGCCUCAACCAACCGACGCAGCUGGGCCCAGGAGUGCUCCUCCUUCAUCGACUCCUUCUUCGAUGACCCUAAGGAUUCUGAGAGCUCGUCCGAGGAGGAGGAAGAAAAGGAGAACGGCAAGAUCGACGAACUGGACUAAUCGACUCUGCUGUGUCCCUGGUUCGCUGAAAUUCUUUCAACUCGAUAAUAAUUUCUAGAUUUCAUACUCUGGAGUGGUGGCCUAGUGAGUCAUUGCUGAUUGCUCAUUUUUCUUUCCCCAAUUUGUAAUCUGUUCAUAGUAGCUAGAGAUUGGAAUGAGCGGGGAGAAAUUCAGAAGAACAAAAAGAAAACUACCAACUAAAGCUUUCUAGAUGGUCCUAGUUCUAACUUCUUUCCUGUGUUCCUAGCUGGAAAACUGACAAACUCACCAUGGUUGGCUGUCCUUAACUAAAGAUGGCUCCUUUUAUUACAACUUUCUUUAUCUAAUCAAGGUCUUUUCAUGCCGGGCUCA